AUGGGAAGAGCUACAAGGUGGCUAAAGAGCUUGUUUGGGAUAAAGAGCAGUAAAGACUACUCAAAUUCCAGUGACAGGAAAGACAAGAAAAGUUAUAGCAUUGGCCAUUCAGUGCUAGAUUCAAGCGGAGGAUUGUGUCACAACCCUACAACAAUACCACCCAACAUAUCACAAGCAGAGGCUGUGUGGCUAAGAUCAUUCUAUAAUGAAACAGAGAAGGAGCAGAACAAGCACGCAAUUGCUGUGGCAGCCGCAACAGCAGCGGCUGCAGAUGCAGCAGUAGCCGCUGCGCAGGCAGCAGUGGCAGUGGUGAGGCUGACAAGUCAUGGCAGAGGGACCAUGUUUGGCGGUGGACAUGAGAGCUGGGCUGCUGUUAAGAUUCAAACCGUUUUUAGAGGUUAUCUGGCUAGAAAAGCACUACGAGCUUUGAGAGGAUUAGUGAAGAUACAGGCGCUUGUUCGAGGAUAUUUAGUGCGGAAACAAGCUACAGCUACUCUUCAUAGCAUGCAGGCCCUGAUAAGAGCACAAGCUACCAUUAGGUCCCUGAAAGCUCGUAGAAUCAUUAACCAUGACGCCAACAGAUUUGACAUCCGAGCACGAAAAUCCAUGGAGAGAUUUGAUGAUACAAGGAGUGAACAAACUGCUUCUAUCCAUAGCAGAAGAUUGUCAGCUUCUCUUGACGGUGCAAUUAAUAUUGAGGAAAGUCCCAAAAUUGUGGAGGUUGAUACUGGCAGACCUAAAUCAAGAUCUCGCAGAACCAACACUUCUGUAUCGGAUUUCAGCGAUGACCCGCCUUAUCAAACGCUCCAUUUUCAAGAGACUGAUUGGGGAUUAACUGGAGAUGAAUGCAGGUUCUCUACAGCGCAAAGUACACCUCGGUUUAUGAAUUCUUAUCUGUCUAAUAUCUCUGUUACACCGGCCAAGAGUGUAUGCGCUGAUAACCUUUUUAGACACUACGGGAACUUUCCCAAUUAUAUGGCUAAUACACAAUCUUUCAAGGCUAAAUUGAGGUCGCAUAGUGCUCCAAAGCAAAGGCCAGAGCCUGGGCCAAAAAAGCACCUUUCCCUCAAUGAAAUGAUGGAAUCUAGAAGUAGUUUAAGUGGGGUUAGGAUGCAGAGAACAUGCUCACAAGUUCAAGAAGCUAUUAAUUUCAGGAAUGCAGUGAUGGGGAAGUUUGAUAGAUCCUCAGAAUAUGGUAGAGAUCCUGAGAGAAAUCAUUUGCAGACAAGGAGGUGAUUAUGAGAGCAAAAAAAAAUAAAAAUGUAACGAUUAACUCUGCAUCUAUGACCCCUACUUGUAUGCUAGUGAACAAAGAUGGGUGAUAAAACAAGAUAGAAUGUGUG